CGCUUCAACAGUGACAUGAUUGACGUGUGUGUCCGUGUAGUUCCUUGUUGUCGCUCCAUCACAGCGUGGCUCAUUGAAACUGCUUGUCUUCCAGGUGGCGAGCGUAACUGUGGAGUGCAUGAGCUGAUCUGCGUCAGAAAAGUGUCUCCAGAGGUGCUGGGCUUUCUGACGGCCAUCGGACUCUUCAUCAUCCUCAUGACCUUCCUCUUCUGGUACGUCAACAACAAGUUGGCACUCGAGAGCUCAGGGAGUCUUCAGUGCCUCGAUGAGUUCAGGAAAAACCCAGAGCGACAAGACGCUGACCUGCAGGCCUCGUCCUCAGACAGCGAGGAUGAGGUCAUGGGUCAGUAUCAGGAGGCCGUCAGCCGCUCCCAGGGUCUCCGGGGGGGAGGAGCCAAGGCGGCUGCUACCAUCAAACAUGCCGGAGGUUUCAGCUGGAAGAGCCGACACAAGUACAGCGGCCUGAGCGCCGAUUACCACGGCUACAGCAGCGAAGCUUCAGCUGAUGAUGUAAACUGCAUUCAACGAAUGAGAAGAACUCCACCGCUGGACGAGCUUCAGCCGCCGCCGUACCAGGAUGAGAACGGUUCUCCGCGGAUGUCGUGCACGCUGUCCGACCUGGGAGACGCCAAGUGUGAUCUGUCUCAGACCAGCGGCAGUCCUCACUUGUCCUUCGGCAGCGACGGUCCUGAGACGGAGAGUUACCUCAACAAAGGUUAUGAAGAAGAUGCUCCCAGUGACAGCACGGCUGUUCUCAGCCCAGAGGACAUGUCAGCCCGAGGAUCUGCAGCACGCUUCCCAAAAGGUUACCAACCAGACCCUGGCACAAAGUUCGGGACCCUGGACGUGGUGUUUGACUACGACUCAGAGGAGCAGCAGCUGGCUCUGACCAUCAUGGCAGUGACGGACCUUCCUGCACACAAGCGCACCGGAAACUUCUCCUGGCAGGUCCACCUGGUGCUGCUGCCCACCAAGAAGCAGAGGGCAAAGACGGGGAUCCAGAGAGGCCCCUGCCCCGUCUUCACGGAAACCUUCCACUUCAGCCACGUGGAUUCAGAGAUGAUCAGCAACUACGCCGUCAGAUUCCGCCUUUACAGUAUGAGACGGAUGAAGAAGGAGAAGGUGUUAGGAGAGACGGUGUUCUACCUCACCAAGCUCAACCUGCAGGGCAAAAUAUCUGUGCCCGUCAUUCUGGAUCCAUGCUGUGUUCUCCUGGGCGCUGAAUCUCAGGUCAGCCUCUCAGACACGACGUGCACUGACAGCGCCUCAUCGUUCCAGUCUGUGAGUCCGUCAUCCACACCUGAGAUCCUGGUGGGUCUGGUUUACAACGCCACGACAGGACGUCUCUCUGUGGAGAUCAUCAAAGGCAUCCACUUCAAAAACCUGGCUGCCAACAAGCCACCCACUGUCCAACCCUUGUUGUCAGACGGGCUGUUCUGUUGUCUAAAACACUUGAUAGGUGGACAGGUUUAUAUAAUCAGAGAUACAUAUGUUAAGCUGACGCUGCUGAACUCCAUGGGCCACGAGAUGUCCAAGUGUAAGACGUCCAUCUGCCGGGGUCAGCCCAACCCCACCUACAAAGAGACCUUUGUUUUCCAGGUGGCUCUUUUCCAGCUGUCGGACGUCACGCUCAUCCUCUCUGUCUACAACAAGCGCAGCAUGAAGCGCAAGGAGACCAUUGGCUGGAUUUCAUUUGGUCUCAACAGCUCUGGAGAGGAGGAGCUCAGCCACUGGACGCAGAUGAAAGAGUCUAAGGGACAGCAGGUUUGCCACUGGCACAGUUUACUGGAGUCGUAACGGCAGCAGGUGAAGCUGAGAGAUUUCAGCACGGUUCCAAUCACACGUCUUGUAAUGACCUUUAAAUUCAUGCAUACGCACUUUUAUUUCUUAAUGAAUGGCUUUCAUUAGUUAAGAUAGAGCUGGAGUUUACCCAGAAUCCUCUGGCUCUAACAAAGGUAUCUUUAUUAAUCUUGUUAUUAAUGUUUCAAUUACAGAUAUUUAUUUGUGUCAGCAUUUAAAGAACAAGUGAAUUAUUGCAAUUAAAAAAAAAAAAAAGUUUACACAGGCGAUGAACUCAAAGAUGCUACCGCUUCACUUUCACAGUUUCUAUCAUAAUCAUUCAUACAUGAUUAUUAAUAUCAUAGAGGUUUAAUUCCACACACACACACACACAGGUAAAGCCUCAGUUCAUCAGUGCACGUAUUUUCACUUCAUUUCAUUUUCAGACGACAACAAAUACACUUUAUAUUUCUGACUGUGCUGCAGCUGUGCUGAAAACUAGCUUUGUGCAGGGUUGACCGUGUGUGCGUGUGCGUGCGUGUGCGUGCGUGUGUGUGUGUGUGUGUGUUGAAUGAAAGCUCCGUGGAGCGGCUGUGGUUUUAGUAGCUGCUUCGUUGCUGGAUGUGAUGUGAAGUUAUUUCACUCUGUGAUUGUUUCUCAUAUUCUUUAUAAACACCAAAUGUUUUCUGAUCUAUUUUUCAACAAGAAAUGAAGUGAAUUUGUUUGUUUUUUAAAGCUAGGGUCUGUAAGUUUUUCAAAUCCUCUUCACAUUCCAAGAAACCCCCCCCCAAAAUAUAAUAAACCCAACCAAUCACUUUGUCCAGACCAUAAUAAUAUACGUAUCCGUCUUAUCAUUCAGGGCCAGUUCAGCCUGUGGUUCACUUUAUUUAACCUUCCUUAGCAGUGUGACAGCACCACCUACAGGCCUGGCAUAUGUACUGCAGUGUUGUGGAUGUAGAUGGAGUCAUUUCCUAAAAACCUUUCCUUUAUGAUCGUUCAUGGUUUGUAUCAGAAAAUUACAACUGAACUAAACUAAACCUCCAUUCUUCACUUUUUAAAGUCUAACUAAACUAAACCUCUGUUCUUCACCUUUUAAAGUCAACUUAACUAAACCUCUGUUCUUCACUUUUUAAAGUCUAUCUAAACUAAACCUCUGUUCUUCACCUUUUAAAGUCAACUUAACUAAACCUCUGUUCUU